AUGUAAAAAAUCCAUUCUAUCCAUACUCAAAAAAUGGCCUCCGACAAGAAGAAACACCCGCCAAAAAAGAAAUCGCCGCAAAAGAAAAAGCACACCGAUCAUAAAUCGAAAAAGGACUCUAAAAAAGGAGCUGUAAACUCCAAUCUUCCAAAAAUAUGUUAUGCCAUAGCUGUUUCCGAUCUGCUACAUGCCUUGUAUUUCACCGUUCAGGCGAUGAUUUUAUUAAUUUAUAAGUUCAGCGUAUUUGCUAUGUUGGCGCUUCUGGGUGUCAUUUUCUGGGUUGUAAUUGUUGUUAUGCUAAUUGUUGGUCUAUGGAAGCGCAAGCCUGAUUUUAUACGGAUUUGGCUUAUAUUUUCUUUAGCCGGCUUUAUCACUGAUAUACUUUUUUUGCUUUGGGGCAUUGCGACUUCCAUCACUGUGGACUGGGACCGCCUUGAAGAAUUCUCGAUAGUCUUUCUUGGCAUAUUUAUCGAAAGCUCCUGCAUUUAUCUUAUACAUCGGUAUUAUAAGAUUAUGGGUGCAAAACCAAAAGAGAAAAGGACUUUAUGCUGUGGUGGUAAUCAUGACAAGAAAAAGUCCAAGUCAAAGUCAAAGAAAAAGAAAGUCAAAAAAUAAUAAGACCAUUUAUAAAUUUAUUUUAAACUUGCUUAGUUGGCCUUGUUUC